AUGAAUUUCUCAGCAUCACGCUGCCUCAUCCUUCUGUUACUCUUGAACUUUGUUGAUUCUGGACAGAUUUUGAGGAGGAUCAAGAGGCGUGUGCGUGAUAUCCAAAUCCAGAAAAACAAGCAGCUUCUCCUGACGCUCACAGUCAGCGGUCAUCAGCCUCUCCAACAUGUAAAAGAGGGCCGGAUUCUCCAGCCACUGGACCAUUUCAACCGACAAAAUGUCAACACCUUCCCUCAGAGGUUCCUUGUGAAUGAGGCGUACUGGCGGGAUCCUGACGGUCCAGUGUUUCUCUUCAUUGGAGGAGAAGGGCCCCUCUUUGAGUAUGAUGUUCUGGCAGGUCACCAUAGCGACAUGGCUGAAGAGCACGGUGCUCUGCUACUGGCUCUGGAGCAUCGUUUCUAUGGUGACAGCAUUAACCCCGAUGGCCUCAAAACGAAGAACCUGGCAGACCUAAGCAGCCAGCAGGCGCUUGCUGACCUGGCUGCAUUCCACCAGUACAUCAGCCACAGCUUCAAUCUGAGCCACAGGAACACCUGGAUCAGCUUUGGAGGCUCAUACUCGGGAGCUCUCUCUGCCUGGUUCAGAGGAAAGUUUCCCAGUCUGGUGUAUGGAGCUGUGGCUUCCUCUGCUCCGGUCAAGGCCCAGCUGGACUUUUCUGCUUACAACAAUGUGGUUGGCUUGAGCCUGAUGAAUGAGGCAGUUGGUGGCUCAGAGAAGUGUCUGGCUAAAGUGCGUGAAGCGUUUGCUGCUGUGGAAGCAACACUGAUAGGUGGAAAUACCAGCCAGGUGGCCUUGGACUUCGGAUGCUGUCAAAUCCCCAAGGAGCCUCAUGAUCAGGUUGAACUGAUGCAAAACUUGGCCGACAUUGUCAUGGGAACAGUGCAGUACAAUGAAGAGGGGGUGCUCAUGUCGAUUAAUGAGCUCUGUGGCAUAAUGACCAAUACCAGCGAGGAAUAUCAGGAUGGUCUAGAAGCUUACAACCGCCUUGUUAAACUUUCAGAGAUUUACCGAUCCACUAGCGAGGAGCCGUGUUUGGACAUCUCCUUUGAAAAAUCAAUGAAUGACCUGAUGGACACAACAGUCCACACCGGCACGAGAGCAGAGAGACAGUGGACAUACCAGACCUGCACUGAGUUUGGCUUCUACCAGACUUGUGAGGAUGCCACUUGUCCUUUCUCUGGGAUGUUGACCCUUCAGGCUCAGACUAAGCUCUGUGCCACGCUGUUUGGUAUUUCCCAGCAUUCCCUGCCCGCUCGCAUCGCCUUCACAAACACUUAUUAUGGAGGAGACAACCCACACACACACAGGAUCCUUUAUGUUAAUGGGGGAAUCGACCCAUGGAAGGAGCUGUCGGUGGUGCAACACAGGACUGAGGAGGGAGAGGAGGCCCAGACAGUUUUCAUUAAGGACACUGCUCACUGUGCUGACAUGUCGAGUAGAAGAGUCACAGACCGCAGCUCGCUCAGGAAAGCGAGACAGGAGAUUGAAAAACAUGUCACUGACUGGCUGAAGACUGCUGCCCAGGAGAGGAGGGAGAAAGGAACGUCCUGAUCAGUUCACAUUAUAACCUGAUCAGCCUCGUCUGAAACUGAUAAGAAAUAGUUAAUAAUCUGGCCCGCCUGCCCUCCACCUCCUUUUCUUGCUCAUCAUCUCCAUUUCCUCCCUCCUAAUCUCCGCCCCUUUGCUCUCCAUCUAUGACAAUCUCACAGCACAGAGGCUGGUCUGUGUAUUAAUGGGCUUUAUGUUUUUGUGUGUGCUUUUAGAGAUGCUCCUUUUGUGUCUUUAUUUUGACCUUUGUGCUAAAUUUUACUGGUCCAUUUCUGAGGUUUGCAUCAAUUGAGUUUUUAAGAGCUUAUGCUUAUAACAGCUUGAUGGCCAUUUCUUACCUAUUGCUUUUCUAAUUUUCCUAUUUGUGCCCAGUAAAAUGAAAUGCAAUGUUUGUUUGUUUUUUUAAAGCUAUGGUUUGUUUUUCCAGUAUUUCCAGUUUUCGGUUGUCAUAACCAUGAAGUGUCACUAGGGUGUGACAUUGCUACAUUAUGGGAAACCUAUUUCUUGAGGUGCUGCAUAUCAAAGUCCUGAGUAGCUGAUCUGUUGUUUUUGAUGAAAUGCAGUAAACGUGCUAAUCUGAAA